AUGGCAGAUGUGCCCUCAGUUGUCUCUGUAUAUAGUCUUUCAUUAACUGAAAAGAUAAUUUGGGGACGCUACCAAGCCGAGGUCGUGUGCAGGCAGCUGGGAUGCGGCUUUGCUGUUUCUGCACCAUCAAGUGCCUACUUUGGACAAGGCACUGGCGAUAUCUACCUGGACGAUGUGCACUGCACAGGGAGUGAGUCCUCCCUCUUUCAGUGCAGCCACAGCGGCUGGGGCGUCCACAACUGUGGCCACAGUGAAGACGCCGGUGUUGUGUGCUCAGGUACCAUCGCUUUUCCUUCCUCGAUACCAGUCUGUGCCUCCCUGAGCCUGGUGAAUGGCAGGAACCGGUGCGAGGGGCGCGUAGAGAUUUACCACGACGGGGGCCGGGGCACCGUCUGUGAUGACAGCUGGGACCUGAACGAUGCCCAGGUCGUGUGCAGGCAGCUGGGAUGUGGCUUUGCUGUUUCUGCACCAUCAAGUGCCUACUUUGGACAAGGCACUGGCGAUAUCUACCUGGACGAUGUGCACUGCACAGGGAGUGAGUCCUCCCUCUUUCAGUGCAGCCACAGCGGCUGGGGCGUCCACAACUGUGGCCACAGCGAAGACGCCGGUGUUGUGUGCUCAGGUGCCUCCCUGAGCCUGGUGAAUGGCAGGAACCGGUGCGAGGGGCGCGUAGAGAUUUACCACGACGGGGGCCGGGGCACCGUCUGUGAUGACAGCUGGGACCUGAACGAUGCCCAGGUCGUGUGCAGGCAGCUGGGAUGUGGCUUUGCUGUUUCUGCACCAUCAAGUGCCUACUUUGGACAAGGCACUGGCGAUAUCUACCUGGACGAUGUGCACUGCACAGGGAGUGAGUCCUCCCUCUUUCAGUGCAGCCACAGCGGCUGGGGCGUCCACAACUGUGGCCACAGCGAAGACGCCGGUGUUGUGUGCUCAGGUACCAUCGCUUUUCCUUCCUCGAUACCAGUCUGCUUUCAAAAAGUGGCCCUUGUUGGCCACAAUUAGGCGUGUGCCUCCCUGAGCCUGGUGAAUGGCAGGAACCGGUGCGAGGGGCGCGUAGAGAUUUACCACGACGGGGGCCGGGGCACCGUCUGUGAUGACAGCUGGGACCUGAACGAUGCCCAGGUCGUGUGCAGGCAGCUGGGAUGUGGCUUUGCUGUUUCUGCACCAUCAAGUGCCUACUUUGGACAAGGCACUGGCAAUAUCUACCUGGACGAUGUGCACUGCACAGGGAGUGAGUCCUCCCUCUUUCAGUGCAGCCACAGCGGCUGGGGCGUCCACAACUGUGGCCACAGCGAAGACGCCGGUGUUGUGUGCUCAGGUGCCUCCCUGAGCCUGGUGAAUGGCACGAGCCGGUGCGAGGGGCGCGUAGAGAUUUACCACGACGGGGGCCGCGGCACCGUCUGUGAUGACAGCUGGGACCUGAACGAUGCCCAGGUCGUGUGCAGGCAGCUGGGAUGUGGCUUUGCUGUUUCUGCACCAUCAAGUGCCUACUUUGGACAAGGCACUGGCAAUAUCUACCUGGACGAUGUGCACUGCACAGGGAGUGAGUCCUCCCUCUUUCAGUGCAGCCACAGCGGCUGGGGCGUCCACAACUGUGGCCACAGCGAAGACGCCGGUGUUGUGUGCUCAGGUACCAUCGCUUUUCCUUCCUCGAUACCAAGUGUUUUCUCAUUUUUUUGCCUGUCUCCUCCUUUCCAAGGUGCCUCCCUGAGCCUGGUGAACGGCAGGAACCGGUGCGAGGGGCGCGUAGAGAUUUACCACGACGGGGGCCGGGGCACCGUCUGUGAUGACAGCUGGGACCUGAACGAUGCCCAGGUCGUGUGCAGGCAGCUGGGAUGUGGCUUUGCUGUUUCUGCACCAUCAAGUGCCUACUUUGGACAAGGCACUGGCAAUAUCUACCUGGACGAUGUGCACUGCACAGGGAGUGAGUCCUCCCUCUUUCAGUGCAGCCACAGCGGCUGGGGCGUCCACAACUGUGGCCACAGCGAAGACGCCGGUGUUGUGUGCUCAGGUACCAUCGCUUUUCCUUCCUCGAUACCAAGUGUUUUCUCAUUUUUUUGCCUGUCUCCUCCUUUCCAAGGUGCCUCCCUGAGCCUGGUGAAUGGCAGGAACCGGUGCGAGGGGCGCGUAGAGAUUUACCACGAUGGGGGCCGGGGCACCGUCUGUGAUGACAGCUGGGACCUGGACGAUGCCCAGGUUGUGUGCAGGCAGCUGGGAUGUGGCUUUGCUGUUUCUGCACCAUCAAGUGCCUACUUUGGACAAGGCACUGGCAAUAUCUACCUGGACGAUGUGCACUGCACAGGGAGUGAGUCCUCCCUCUUUCAGUGCAGCCACAGCGGCUGGGGCGUCCACAACUGUGGCCACAGCGAAGACGCCGGUGUUGUGUGCUCAGGUACCAUCGCUUUUCCUUCCUCGAUACCAGUCUGCUUUCAAAAAGUGGCCCUUGUUGGCCACAAUUAGGCGUGUGCCUCCCUGAGCCUGGUGAACGGCAGGAACCGGUGCGAGGGGCGCGUAGAGAUUUACCACGACGGGGGCCGGGGCACCGUCUGUGAUGACAGCUGGGACCUGAACGAUGCCCAGGUCGUGUGCAGGCAGCUGGGAUGUGGCUUUGCUGUUUCUGCACCAUCAAGUGCCUACUUUGGACAAGGCACUGGCAAUAUCUACCUGGACGAUGUGCACUGCACAGGGAGUGAGUCCUCCCUCUUUCAGUGCAGCCACAGCGGCUGGGGCGUCCACAACUGUGGCCACAGCGAAGACGCCGGUGUUGUGUGCUCAGGUACCAUCGCUUUUCCUUCCUCGAUACCAGUCUGCUUUCAAAAAGUGGCCCUUGUUGGCCACAAUUAAGCAUGUGCCUCCCUGAGCCUGGUGAAUGGCAGGAACCGGUGCGAGGGGCGCGUAGAGAUUUACCACGAUGGGGGCCGGGGCACCGUCUGUGAUGACAGCUGGGACCUGGACGAUGCCCAGGUUGUGUGCAGGCAGCUGGGAUGUGGCUUUGCUGUUUCUGCACCAUCAAGUGCCUACUUUGGACAAGGCACUGGCAAUAUCUACCUGGACGAUGUGCACUGCACAGGGAGUGAGUCCUCCCUCUUUCAGUGCAGCCACAGCGGCUGGGGCGUCCACAACUGUGGCCACAGCGAAGACGCCGGUGUUGUGUGCUCAGGUGCCUCCCUGAGCCUGGUGAAUGGCACGAGCCGGUGCGAGGGGCGCGUAGAGAUUUACCACGACGGGGGCCGCGGCACCGUCUGUGAUGACAGCUGGGACCUGAACGAUGCCCAGGUCGUGUGCAGGCAGCUGGGAUGUGGCUUUGCUGUUUCUGCACCAUCAAGUGCCUACUUUGGACAAGGCACUGGCAAUAUCUACCUGGACGAUGUGCACUGCACAGGGAGUGAGUCCUCCCUCUUUCAGUGCAGCCACAGCGGCUGGGGCGUCCACAACUGUGGCCACAGCGAAGACGCCGGUGUUGUGUGCUCAGGUGCCUCCCUGAGCCUGGUGAAUGGCAGGAACCGGUGCGAGGGGCGCGUAGAGAUUUACCACGACGGGGGCCGGGGCACCGUCUGUGAUGACAGCUGGGACCUGAACGAUGCCCAGGUCGUGUGCAGGCAGCUGGGAUGUGGCUUUGCUGUUUCUGCACCAUCAAGUGCCUACUUUGGACAAGGCACUGGCAAUAUCUACCUGGACGAUGUGCACUGCACAGGGAGUGAGUCCUCCCUCUUUCAGUGCAGCCACAGCGGCUGGGGCGUCCACAACUGUGGCCACAGCGAAGACGCCGGUGUUGUGUGCUCAGGUACCAUCGCUUUUCCUUCCUCGAUACCAGUCUGCUUUCAAAAAGUGGCCCUUGUUGGCCACAAUUAGGCAUGUGCCUCCCUGAGCCUGGUGAAUGGCACGAGCCGGUGCGAGGGGCGCGUAGAGAUUUACCACGACGGGGGCCGCGGCACCGUCUGUGAUGACAGCUGGGACCUGGACGAUGCCCAGGUCGUGUGCAGGCAGCUGGGAUGUGGCUUUGCUGUUUCUGCACCAUCAAGUGCCUACUUUGGACAAGGCACUGGCAAUAUCUACCUGGACGAUGUGCACUGCACAGGGAGUGAGUCCUCCCUCUUUCAGUGCAGCCACAGCGGCUGGGGCGUCCACAACUGUGGCCACAGCGAAGACGCCGGUGUUGUGUGCUCAGGUACCAUCGCUUUUCCUUCCUCGAUACCAGUCUGCUUUCAAAAAUAUAUUUGUGGUGGCUUACUUUUUAAUUCCUCUGGAACACUUCAGAGUCCUUCUUAUCCUUCAAAUUAUCCAGAUAAUGCAGAUUGUUUGUGGCAAAUACAAGUAACGAAUAAUUUCCGCAUUAUGCUCACAUUUGGAAGUAUUCAGUUGCAAGGUGGAUGCCAGAAUGACUAUAUUGAGGUCUAUGAUGGGCCACCCAAUACUUCUCCUCUGCUUGGAAGAAUUUGUUCUAGUUCUGAUCUCACGUACACAUCAUCCUCAAACUUUAUGACUGUCAGAUUUCAUAGUGACUCCAGAUAUUCUGACAGGGGGUUUCAUGCUGAGUAUCAGUCCUUUCCAGCAGACCAGAACACCACCCUUGUGUGCUUGCCAACAUACAUGCGUGCAGCUGUAGACAGACGCUAUCUCCAGUCACAGGGCUACUCGGUGUGGAACAUCAGCUUGUCUGACUCUUAUUGUAGACCAACAAUUACAUCGACUGAGGUUAUAUUCAAUGUUCCAUACAAUGGCUGUGGUACACGUAGACAGGGCAACAAUGAAACGAUCACCUACUCCAAUGUGAUAAAAGUGCUUGCUUCUGGUUACAUCAUCAAGAGGCAAAAGGACCUUCACUUGCACAUCAACUGCAAAAUGCUCCAGAACACCUGGGUGCAAGUAAUGUACAUUGCUGAUGACAUCAUUAAUGUCAGUGAAACCCAGUAUGGCAGAUACGAUGUGAACUUGACAUUCUACAAUUCCUCAUCUUUCCUGUGGCCAGUGCAUGACUUCCCAUACUACGUUGACCUGAAUCAGAAUUUGUUCCUUCAAGCUUCCCUUCACAGCUCUGACCCAAAUCUGGUGGUGUUUGUGGACACAUGCGUGGCAUCACCUGAUCCUAGCAAUUUUAGAACACUGACCUAUGAAUUGAUCAGAAGUGGGUGUGUUAAGGAUCCUACCUACUCUUCUCACUAUUCACCAUACAGCGAUGUUGCUCGGUUUGCAUUUAAUGCUUUUUCGUUUGUUAACCGAUACCCAUCAGUUUACCUGCAGUGUGAGCUGGUGGUGUGCAGGUCCAAUGACUACUCUUCCCGCUGCUAUCAAGGCUGUGUUAGUAGGUUCAAGAGGAAUGCAGGUUCUUCCCAGGAAAAAAGGAAUGUUGUUAUUGGACCCAUUCAACUCCGGGAAGCUCACGCCAAGAACAGGAACGCUGACCUGGCUUCUGACAUUCAGGAGGAAGGGGAGUCUCAGAGCUCAGUGCCUGCUGCCAGCUCCCAUGUUCCUCUGGCUGUGACCGUCAUGGUGCUGGUAGCUGCUGUUCUUACUGUGGGAGGUUUUCUUUUGAAGCCGCCCCGUCUCCAGCUGGUGAAUGGAAGGCACAGAUGCGAAGGUCGCGUUGAGCUCUAUUACAAAGGACGACGGGGGACAGUUUGUGAUGAUUUCUGGGACCUUUCCGAUGCCCAGGUUGUGUGCAGGCAGCUGGGAUGUGGCCAGGCCAUUGCAGCUCCAGGAAGUGCUUACUUUGGGCAAGGCUCAGGCGACAUCCUGCUGGACAAUGUGAGGUGCAGCGGGAAUGAGGUCUUCUUGUCGCAUUGUGAGCACUCGGGAUGGAGGAUACACAACUGUGCCCACUAUGAAGAUGCUGGUGUUGUCUGCUCAGGAAAGACCACUGCAGCACCGACAACCUCCACUGUGCCAACAACCUCAACUCUGGACACAACCUCCGUAGCGGAGCUGACGUCCAUAGAGGAGACAACCACCACAGCACCAAUGACCUUUCUUGCAGAGACAACCAUCACAGCGUCAACGGCCCCUACAGCGGAGAUGACGUCCCUAGCAGAGACAAUCGCCACAUCGCCAGUCACCCCCAUAGCAGAGACGACCUCCCUAGCAGAGACGACCACCACAGCACCAACAUCCUCCCCAACAGAGGUGUCCUCCCCAGUGGACACGUCCUCCCUAGUGGAGACAACCACCACAGGACCAACAUCAUCCCCAGCAGAGUCUUCCUCCCCAGCGGAGACAUCCUCACUAGCAGAGACGACCACCACAUCACCAACAUCCUCCCCAGCAGGGUCGUCCUCCCCAGCGGAGACAUCCUCCCUAACAGAGACGACCACCACAGCACACAUGGCUACCACAGCAGAGACCAGCACAUCAGGCAUCCACCUGCGGCUUUCCGGUGGGAGGAACGGCUGCGAGGGCCGCGUGGAGGUUUACAAUGGCAGCAGCUGGGGGACGGUGUGCGAUGACUGGUGGGACCUGAGUGAUGCCCAGGUGGUGUGCCGGCAGCUGGGCUGUGGCCAGCCCAUGGCCGCCCCGGGCAACGCGUUCUUCGGCCUCGGCUCCGGGAGCAUCUUCCUGGACGAUGUGCAGUGCCGCGGGGACGAGCCCUCCCUCCAGAUGUGCAGGCACAAUGGCUGGGGUGUGCACAACUGCAGGCACGUGGAGGAUGCCAGCGUCAUCUGUGCAGCUGCACAUCCAAGCCCUGCUGCUGAACAGCCGUACACAACAGGUGCCCACCUGCGGCUUUCCGGUGGGAGGAACAGCUGCGAGGGCCGCGUGGAGGUUUACAACGGCAGCAGCUGGGGGACGGUGUGCGACGACCGGUGGGACCUGAGUGAUGCCCAGGUGGUGUGCCAACAGCUGGGCUGUGGCCAGCCCAUGGCCGCCCCGGGCAACGCGUUCUUCGGCCUCGGCUCCGGGAGCAUCUUCCUGGACGACGUGCAGUGCCGCGGGGACGAGCCCUCCCUCCAGAUGUGCAGGCACAGUGGCUGGGGUGUGCACAACUGCAGGCACGUGGAGGAUGCCAGCGUCAUCUGUGCAGCUGCUCUGGCCACCUCGACACCUCCAUCAGCACCUUAUUUUUGUGGUGGCUCAAUCUCAAAUUCCUCUGGGAUGCUGCAGAGUCCCUUCUACCCUGGAAGUUAUCCAAACAACGCUGACUGCGUGUGGGAAAUACAAGUAGAGAACAAUUUCCGUGUUAUGCUCAUGUUUAGAGAUAUUGCGAUGCAAAGCGGCAGAUGCCAGUAUGACUACGUUGAAGUCUAUGAUGGGCCUCCACACUCUUCCCCGCUUCUUGGGAGAAUUUGUUCUGGUUCCCUUCCCACGUACAUAUCCUCUUCAAACAUGAUGACCGUUCGCUUUCACAGCGAUUCUAGAUACACCUUCAGAGGGUUUCAGGCUCACUACUCCUCCAUUCCAGCAGAUCACAACACUACUCUUCUGUGCUUGCCAGACUACAUGCAUGCAGUGGUUAGCAGAGACUAUCUCCAGUCUCAAGGCUACUCGGCGCAGAUGGUCACCCUGAACGACAGUCGCUGUAAACCAACAAUCACGUCACAUGAGGUUUUAUUCAACAUUCCCUACAAUGGCUGUGGGACGAUACGAGAGGAGAACGAUGAUACAAUCAACUAUUCCAACAUAAUCAAAGUUACAUCUUCUGGGUACAUAAUCAAGAGGAAAAGGAAUAUUCACUUACAUAUCAGCUGCAAAAUGCUACAGAACAAAUGGAUGCAGAUAAUGUAUGUUGCUGAGGAUACUGUAGACGUGAACGAAAAUCAGUUUGGAAGAUAUGACAUGAACAUCACUUUUUAUCAUUCCUCAUCAUUCUUGCGACAAGUGCAUGACUCUCCAUACUACAUUGACUUGAACCAAAAUUUGUACCUUCAAGCUUAUCUUCACAGCUCUGACCCAAAUCUGAUCGUGUUUGUGGACACAUGUGUGGCAUCACCUGAUCCUCAUGACUUUAACACUCUGGUCUAUGAUAUAAUCAAGAAUGGAUGUGUUAGAGAUUCUUCCUAUGCCACAUACUACUCCCCCUACAGCCACUUUGCUCGGUUCAAAUUUAAUGCCUUUGAGUUCAUUAGCCGCCAUACGUCAGUCUACCUGCAGUGUCAGCUGGUGGUGUGCAGGCUGGGGGACUAUUCCUCCCGCUGCUACCGGGGCUGUGUUAAUCGGUCCAAGAGAGAUGCAAGUUCUGCCGAGGAAAGAGUGAAUGUGGUUGUCGGACCGCUUCAGCGUCGAGAAGGGGGUGGUCAGAGUAGGAAUACCGGUAAAGUCAAAUAA